ACACUGCCUCUGUCGUGAUUGCUGCACUACCACUUUUCUCUUUAUCUGCCCUGUCCUGUUACACUGGUGGAGAAUGCGGGCAUAAAGACUCUAUUGGUGGUGUUGCAGUCAGAACAAUUUUUUUUUUUUACGUUUUCAAGAUGGAGGAUGUACUAAAGGAGUUGGUGCGUAUUUCUACUGAGCAGCAGACUCUGCAACGGCAGAUGAUACAGGAGCAGCAGAAACAGAAUGCACUUCUCCACAUGGAGGUCCAAAAAUGCCUUACAGCAGCCUCUCCUGUCCAGAGGGAAGCAACCAUGCAGCCUAACCCAGGUCGAUUCAUCCCCAAAAUGACAGAGAGUGAUGAGAUAGAGGCCUACUUAACGGCCUUUGAGCGCACAGCUGAAAGAGAGGGCUGGCCAAGGGACUCCUGGGCUGAUCUGGUUGGACCGUUCCUCCUGGGCCCGGCACAGCAAGCUUACUUCGACCUCCCUCCGGACCAAGCAAAGGAUUACGUCGUCUUGAAGAAGGAAAUCCUGGCGAGGUAUGGCUACAGCUUAGCAGCAAGAGCCCAGCGGUUCCAUGAAUGGAAAUACAAGCCAGAGUUGUCAGCCAGGGCCCAGAUGUAUGACCUAGGCCGGGUAACCAGAGCCUGGCUGACAUGCAACCCCGAAAAGUUAAGUGUUUUAGAGAGGAUAAUGAUGGACAAAUAUAUUCGGUCUCUGCCCUAUGAGAUCAAGAAAAUGACAAGCCAGCAGAAUCCAGCCGGUCUGGAUGAGUUGGUUAACGUAGUGGAGAGCCACGUGGUCACAGCGGACCUGCUUAAGUCCACACGACCAGACACCGAGUGGGGCCGGAAAGUCAGUGGGGAAGCAUCACGGACUAGACGGGCACGAGAACCGCGAUGGGAACCAGAAGAGGUAAGGCGACGACAGUCCUACCUGCCAGAGGGCCAACCGCGUUGCUACCAGUGUGGGGAGACAGGCCAUAUUGCCCGGGACUGCCCAGGGAAGGAUGAGCUAAUGCCGACCGCCAACUCAUCUGGUGCAAGGCCCUGCCACCUUCUUGACUCUUGCUGGGUACAGGAAAGCUCCCUGGCUCAAAUGAUACCAGUCAAAGUAAAUGGAAAAGAUGCAGAGGCGCUAGUGGACUCAGGAAGUGUGGUAACCCUCAUUCAACCCCACCUCCUCGACCAUUUGCCAUCUGAAGAGACUGUGCCCGUCUCCUGUGUCCAUGGGGACACUAAAUUAUACCCCACUUGCCUCAUCCACCUUACCACAGUUAAAGGCAGCUGUGAGAUGAAAGUGGGGGUGGUUCCUUCCCUACCAGUCCCAGUCUUGGUGGGGCGAGACUGCCCACUAUACAAGCGCCUGCGGCACCAGAAGGAGGUGAGUCCCAAAAAGCACAAGCGUGCCAAAGGAAAACGAGAGAGAGGACAAACUGCCACCCAGGGUACUUCUCCUCAGCAGUUCCCCAACGUUGUGUGUGCUGUGCCGGAGGAGCAGAGAGGCAACCAAUCUUCCAGUGCAGACGAGGCAAAUGAUAACCCUUUUGUUGCUUUCCCUGGAGACCUAAGCACAGGUCAUGAGGAGGGGGAAGUCUCAUUGCUUCCAAGUUUGAAGGGCCAGUUCGGGACCGCCCAGAUGGAAGACCCCAAUCUGUUGCAUGCACGCAGCAAUGUUACGGAAAUAGAGGGAAAACCAGUUCCAGGAGUGGGUGAGCUUACAUGUCCUCAUUUCCUAAUAAAAAAUAAUCUGUUAUACUAUGCCAAAGAGGUUGAAGGUCAGCGAAGAGACUUGUUGGUUGUCCCAAAACAAUAUGUGUCCACAGUGUUGCAUCUGGCUCACAGCCAUGUCCUAGGGGCCCACCUAGGGGUUGAGAAGACAAGGCAGCGGAUUGGGAGCCGGUUCCACUGGCCAGGGGUGGUAAGGGCUAUAGAGGAUUAUUGUCGCACCUGUGUUGAAUGUCAAAAGAUGAGUCCCAAGCCACACUUUAAAAGUCCCCUAAUACCUCUACCGAUAAUCGAUGUACCGUUUUCUCGCAUUGCCAUGGACUUAGUGGGGCCGCUGGUGAAGUCUGCCAGGGGACAUCAGUAUAUUCUUGUGAUCCUUGACUAUGCAACCAGGUACCCGGAGGCCAUUCCCUUGAGGAACAUGACAACGAGAGUGAUUGCACGGGAGCUGCUUCACCUGUUCAGUCGAGUUGGGAUUCCUAAAGAGAUGCUAACAGACCAAGGCACUCCCUUCAUGUCCAAGAUAAUGAAGGAUCUCUGCAGGCUCUUCAAGGUAAAGCAGCUUCGUACAUCUGUCUACCAUCCGCAGACAGACGGAUUGGUAGAACGCUUUAACAAGACGUUGAAAUCCAUGUUAAAGAAGGUUGUUGACAAGGAUGGUCGUAACUGGGACCAGCUUCUGCCCUAUGUCCUGUUUUCAAUCAGGGAAGUUCCACAGGCUUCAACCGGUUUCUCCCCCUUCGAGCUGCUGUAUGGCCGACAGCCCAGAGGACUUCUCGACAUCGCGAAGGAAGCCUGGGAGGAGCAACCAAGCCCCCAUCGGAGCCUGAUUGAGCAUGUAGAGACGAUGCAGACGCAUAUGAAAGAUGUUUGGCCCAUGGUCAGAGAGCACAUGGCUCAAGCCCAAGAAGCCCAGAGGAAAGUGUAUAACAGAGGUGCCCAACCACGUGAGUUCCUGCCCGGGGAUAAAGUGCUUCUCCUGGUCCCCACCACAGAACACAGAUUCCUGGCAUCGUGGCAAGGUCCCUAUGAAGUGACAGAGAAGGUGGGACCAGUCAACUACAAGGUACGCCAACCUGGCCGUCGCAAACCAUCCCAAAUAUACCAUGUUAACCUGUUAAAGAAAUGGUAUGCCCGAGAGGCACUGCUGUGUUCUUGUUCCCUGUUUGUAUCCCCUUCUCCAGACCAUGAGGUGGCCGAAGUUGAAUACGGUCCAGGGCUAUCCAAAGCUCAGUUACAGCAAACCAAGGAACUGGUUCAGCAGAGUUUGGAUGUGUUCUCACUACGACCUGGACGCACAACGAUGGUGGAACAUCAAAUCCACACAGAGCCUGGCCAAAAGGUAAAGAUGCGACCCUACCGGGUGCCGGAGGCAAGACGGGCGGCCAUUGAGCAAGAAGUGCAGAAAAUGCUGGCUAUGGGGGUGAUUGAAGAAUCUCACAGUGAGUGGACCAGCCCUGUCGUUCUGGUUCCUAAGCCAGACAAAACCAACAGGUUUUGUAAUGAUUUCAGAAAAUUGAAUGAAAUCUCCAAGUUUGAUGCGUAUCCUAUGCCCAGGAUAGAUGAGCUAAUUGAUCGGCUUGGGGAAGCCAGGUAUAUCAGCACUCUGGACUUGACGAAAGGGUAUUGGCAGGUCCCACUUGAAGCUGCCUCAAGAGAGAAGACGGCCUUCGCCACCCCCACAGGGCUGUACCAGUACACUGUGCUUCCCUUCGGGCUUCAUGGAGCACCAGCCACGUUCCAGAGACUGAUGGACAAGGUUCUGAGGCCACAUCGUGAGUAUGCAGCUGCCUAUUUGGAUGACGUUGUUAUCCACAGUGACUCAUGGGAUAGCCAUCUCAUAAGGCUUGCAGCAGUGCUGGAAUCUCUCCGCAGGGCGGGCUUGACAGCUAAUCCAAGAAAAUGCAAGCUUGGACUAGAGGAAGCCGAAUACCUGGGCUUCACCAUUGGGCGGGGCAACGUUAGACCACAAGAAAGGAAGGUUCAGGCGAUCCAGGACUGGCCACGGCCGUCAACAAAGAAACAGGUGAAAACAUUCUUGGGUCUGACGUCCUAUUAUUGCCGUUUCAUCCCAAACUUCUCCACAGUAGCCUCUCCCCUUACAGACCUGACCAGAGACUCACAGCCGCUAAUGGUCAAGUGGACAGGAGAGGCUGAACACGCCUUUGAGGAACUUAAGAGGGCUCUCUGCGCACGGCCGGUGUUGGUGACCCCAGACUUCAGCCGGGGGAUGAUUGUGCAGACGGAUGCGUCAGAGGUGGGCAUAGGAGCAGUACUAUCCCAGGAGGUUCACGGUGAGGAACACCCCGUCAUGUACAUCAGCCGGAAGCUGAACACAAGGGAACAAGUGUAUGCUACUGUGGAGAAAGAAGGCCUAGCAAUAAAAUGGGCGCUUGAGCGCCUCCGGUAUUACCUCUUGGGACGUCACUUCACUCUGAGCCGGAGCCAAGCAUGGGAAUGCAGAUGCCCUGUCCCGUAGAGAUGCCCUGUGGACCAUGGUCACCUCUCCUAGGCCAGAACUGAAGGGGGGGGUGUGUAAGGGACUGAGAGGCAGAGUAG